AUGAAGGUGGUAGUUCUGUGUUUAUGUCUUAUCAGCAUCACAGCUGCAUGGCCAGUGAUUCAAUCCAAGAAGCAUGCCAUUUCUGCCAGCUCCAAAGAAAAAUAUGACUCCAGGGGCCACCACUUGCAUAAGUAUCACAAUGACUAUGUGAAUUCUCAGUCUCAGGAGAGUCAGCAGGACCCACAGAGUGACCUGGCAUCAUCUCAGCAGACCCUUUACUCCUCAGAAGAAAGUGUGGAUGUCCCAGAACAAUUGCACUUUCCUGAUGUGUCAAGCAAGAGCCAUGAAGACGUGGAUGAUGAUGAUGAUGAUGAUGAUGACAAUGAUUCCAAUGACACGGAUGAAUCUGAAGAGGUUGUCACGAUUUUUCCCACAGACAUUCCAAUAACCGAACCAUUCCCCACUUUCCCUUUCACCCGGGGAGACAAUGCUGGCAGAGGUGACAGUGUGGCCUACAGGAUGAGAGCAAAAGCUGCGCUGUUGAAGUCUAUCAAACUCCACAAAGCUGCCAAAAAGCUCAUCUAUGAUGCGACUGAGGAAGAUGAGAGCGACACGGAUGCAGACAGCCAGCGCUCUGUCUCCCGGGAGGAUUCUGCUUCCCGCAGGUCCCUGAGGAAGCACGCCAGCAGCGUGGUGUGGUCUGACCAGAGCCACGGGCGGGACAGCAGCGAGCGGGACAGCGACCCGCAUGACCGGAGCUUGGAAAACGACAGCAGGCCCAAAUCCGAUAGCCACGAGGCAGAAAGUGACAGUAGCAAGCCUGGUAUGAGAGGGGACAACCUCUCGAGUGUGGAAAGCAGGGAGAGAGGGGACAGCCACCCGAGUGUGGAAAGCAGGGAGAGCCGGGACCGCGUGUCAGCUGAGCUCUCUGACCAUAUCAGCAGCCAAACGCUGGAAAGUGCCGAGGAUUCUCAAGAUCGUCACAGCAUCGAAAGUAACGAAGUUACCCUUUAA